CGAUUACGCCGCCAAUGUUUUCCAACACGGCGCGGGUGCUCACCCGAAAGACAUUACGCGAAACGGGAGCUAUACAGAUCUUCGCGCCUUUUGCCAACGAGCUGUGGAUGGGCAUUGCCGUUUCGGUCGUCUUCGGUGCUAUGGUGAUGCUCACGAUCAAUUUUUUUCACUUUCGUCGAGUACCAUUUACAGCCGGCCUCACUUCUCGCAAUUUUUCCGUAAGGCAGGAUGCACGACAGGGCGAAUCCGAAUAUGAAAUUCAACAAGGCCGUGCCCCAAACGACGGCCCGCACUCGUGCGAAAGCGAACGUCGAACUUCUCCCACGGCUGCUGCUACUGCUUCUCUCGUUUUUCUUCAAGAGGUGACAACGUCAAUGGGGAAAGCGUUUACAAAAAAAGUUCUUGCGAAGCGACCCGUCAGCGACGCUGAAGACCUCGGUCUCGGGCGACAAGGUAGAAGACACUGUCGCGGCGCCGAUCUCUGUAGGCAGCACUAA